AUGAAGUGCGCGCUGCGACACCUCCCAGCUCUCCAGGCUCGGCCGCCAUUUCCUCGCCAGGCCUAACGGUCCGGCCAAUCCCAGCGCACAGCGAGAAGGACUGAAGCUCCGCCAAUCGGAGGCCGCCGAUCCGACCCUUUGCCUCAGCCCGGCCCAAUCCAGGCUUCGGCCCGUCGCCCCCUGCCCGCCCCCGUGGCGCCCUCUCUCCUCCCUCUUUGUGCGUCUCGCGCCGCCGCCGCCGCCCGCCGCGUGAGAGGAAGGGCUCCGCGCGUUCCGCGGCAACGCAGUCGAGUCCCCUCCCCCCGGAAGGUUCGCUAAGGAGAAGCCGCCGCCGAAGAGGAGCCGCCGGUGCGGGUCCCCGGGGGCGCCAUGGCUACCGGAGCGAAUGCCACGCCGCUGGGUAAGCUGGGCUCCCCCGGCCUUCCCUCCCUUCCCGGGCCUAAAGGGAGCUUCGAGCCGGUGCCACCGCCUGUCCCCGGGCCUGGGGCGGGGCUGCUGGUGCCCGGGCCGCCGCCUCCUCCGCCCGUGGGGGCCCUGACCGCGGCCUUCCCCUUCGCGGCGCUGCCUCCUCCUCCUCCUCCGCCUCCCCCCCCGCCGCCGCCGCCGCCACCGCCGCCGCCCUCCCCGGGCUCCUCGUACCCGCCGCCGCAGCCGCCCCCUCCGCCGCCGCUCUACCAGCGCGUGUCGCCGCCACCGCUGCCGCCACCCCAGCCGCCGCGUCAGGACCAGCAGCCGGGCCCGGCCGGCGGCGGAGGAGAUUUCCCAAGUAAGAAGCGGAAGAGGAGCCGCUGGAACCAAGACACAAUGGAACAGAAAACGGUGAUUCCAGGAAUGCCUACAGUUAUCCCCCCUGGACUUACUCGGGAACAAGAGAGAGCUUAUAUAGUGCAACUGCAGAUAGAAGACCUGACUCGUAAACUGCGCACAGGAGACCUGGGCAUCCCCCCUAACCCUGAGGACAGGUCCCCUUCCCCUGAGCCCAUCUACAAUAGCGAGGGGAAGCGGCUUAACACCCGUGAGUUCCGCACGCGCAAGAAACUGGAAGAGGAGCGACAUAACCUCAUCACAGAAAUGGUUGCUCUCAACCCUGACUUCAAGCCACCUGCAGAUUACAAACCUCCAGCGACACGUGUGAGCGAUAAAGUAAUGAUUCCACAAGAUGAGUAUCCAGAAAUCAACUUUGUGGGGCUGCUCAUUGGGCCCAGAGGGAACACGUUGAAGAACAUAGAGAAGGAGUGUAAUGCGAAGAUAAUGAUCCGGGGGAAAGGGUCUGUGAAAGAAGGGAAAGUUGGGCGCAAAGAUGGCCAGAUGUUGCCAGGAGAAGAUGAGCCACUUCAUGCCCUGGUUACCGCCAACACCAUGGAGAAUGUGAAGAAAGCAGUAGAACAGAUAAGAAACAUCUUGAAGCAAGGGAUUGAGACCCCUGAGGACCAGAAUGACCUACGGAAGAUGCAGCUUCGGGAGUUGGCUCGCUUGAAUGGGACCCUUCGGGAAGAUGAUAACAGGAUCUUAAGACCCUGGCAGAGCUCAGAGACCCGUAGCAUUACCAAUACUACAGUGUGUACCAAGUGUGGAGGGGCUGGCCACAUUGCUUCUGAUUGCAAAUUCCAAAGGCCUGGUGACCCACAGUCAGCUCAGGAUAAAGCUCGGAUGGAUAAAGAGUAUUUGUCCCUCAUGGCUGAACUGGGAGAAGCUCCUGUGCCAGCAUCUGUGGGCUCCACCUCGGGGCCUGCCAGCACACCUCUGGCCAGUGCACCUCGGCCUGCUGCUCCCGCCAACAACCCACCUCCACCGUCUCUCAUGUCUACCACCCAGAGCCGCCCACCCUGGAUGAAUUCUGGCCCUUCAGAGAGUCGGCCCUACCACGGCAUGCACGGAGGUGGUCCCGGUGGGCCUGGAGGCGGCCCCCACAGCUUCCCACAUCCGUUACCCAGCCUCACAGGUGGGCAUGGUGGGCAUCCCAUGCAGCACAACCCUAAUGGACCCCCACCUCCUUGGAUGCAGCCACCACCACCACCGAUGAACCAGGGCCCCCACCCACCUGGGCACCAUGGCCCUCCUCCAAUGGAUCAGUACCUGGGAAGUACGCCUGUGGGCUCUGGGGUCUAUCGCCUGCAUCAAGGAAAAGGUAUGAUGCCGCCACCGCCUAUGGGCAUGAUGCCGCCACCGCCGCCGCCACCCAGUGGGCAACCUCCUCCCCCGCCUACUGGUCCUCUUCCUCCAUGGCAACAGCAGCAGCAGCAGCCUCCACCACCCCCCCCGCCCAGCAGCAGUAUGGCUUCCAGUACCCCCUUGCCAUGGCAGCAAAAUACGACGACUACCACCACGAGCGCUGGCACAGGGUCCAUCCCGCCAUGGCAACAGCAGCAGGCGGCUGCCGCAGCUUCUCCAGGAGCCCCUCAGAUGCAAGGCAACCCCACUAUGGUGCCCCUGCCCCCCGGGGUCCAGCCGCCUCUGCCGCCCGGGGCCCCUCCCCCUCCGCCGCCUCCGCCACCUGGUUCCGCCGGCAUGAUGAUCCCUCCCCGCAGCAGCGAUGGCCCGAGCCAUGAGAGUGAGGACUUUCCGCGCCCAUUGGUGACCCUUCCAGGCAGACAGCCUCAGCAGCGCCCCUGGUGGACAGGAUGGUUCGGCAAAGCAGCCUGAGUUAUUUUUGUGGACGGAAUCGGAACACGCUGGCUCCAUAUUGUGAAAUUUUUAUUAAUUUUUUUCUUUUUCCUUUGUUAUUUCCUUAUCUCUUCCUUUCUUCAGACUCCGUCCAAGGAGAUGCUCUCCCCGGUCUUCUGCUGCAAUCAGAUUACUUUUCCUUUUCUCCAUUCCUCACUCUUCUCUUUCCAAGGAGAGAGGAGCAAAUGGUGUUAGGCCGAGGCCUUGGCCACUAAUGUCAGGCUAGUUUGGACAGAGGUGUUCCUUUGGUUCUAAGAUUUCCAAGGUGCCAUCGCCACCCCAAGAUGAUGAUGAUUUUCUUAAGUGUGGGAUUUUGUGUCUGCUACCCUCAGAGUAGUGGCUUCAUCGCCAGGCCCGGGAUUCAGUGUCCAUCCUGACACCCCUGCCAGCAGUCGGGUGUGGCUGCCCAACCACCUUGGGCUUGUCUGCCAGACCAGGUCGUUCCCACUUUCCUGAGCGCCUGAGCUGCCUCGUUCCAUUUGUUCCUCUCCUUCCUGGAAGGCUGCCUUUCAAGUUUUCUUUUAAUUCCAAAUGUCUGGAUGUUUUGCAGUGUCUAGGGUGUUGAGCCCCUUGUUUUUUCGUUCUGCUCCCCCACCCCGUCCCUUUCCAUGGAGUGAUUAUGUUGACAAUAAUGUAUAACGCGCGUUCUCUUCACUGGUUUAUCUGCAGAAAUUUCUCUGGGCUUUUUUUUUUUCCAGUGUAUGAUUCAACACUGCGUUAAAGGGGGAUGUUCCAUUGAAUAAAAGAGCAGUGUGGU